CCGUCCGGUUGUCUUCACAUGUGGAGCAAUGGAUCAGCUCAGCGUCAGGAUGAGGGACAUGGACGCAAAAGAAAUGUUUCGAGGUCACGAGGUUUUGAGCCGCCCUAUGCGCUGUUUCGCAGCCUUGUCGGGGUCAGACCGAUCCCCGCCAACCCUCAGGUCAUACGCGAGUUGGAUUUUUGUAGCGUUGCUCGAUAAUGGCGGUUUAGAGCUGCUUCUUUAUAGCUUCUCACCGGCCUGUUGCAUUCUGCUUCGACAAUGGCACGAGUGCCUGAGAUGAAAUGGUGCCCACAUGGCAGUCCAGCCUUGCCUACACUAGAGGAAUCUACACUGCACAAGGGUGUCGAAACGCGCUUCUCGUUGAAGGGGAAAAACGCGUUGGUGACAGGCGGUGCCCGAGGCCUGGGCUUGACAAUCGGGCAUGGCUUCCUCGAACACGGAUUGAGCAAGCUAGCCCUCUUCGAUCUAGACGAAGAUGUUGGUAGCAAAGCAGCUGCAGACCUUUGCUCCAUGUUCCCGCACGCAGGGGUCGAUUUCCGAAGAGUCGAUGUGACGGAUGCGGUAGCUCUCACUGCUGCCGUCGAAGAGAUUGCAGAGACAUUUAACGGAAUCCAUGUUUUAGCUACCUUCGCAGGCAUCGUGAACUCAGUUAGCGCGACGGAAUAUACUCCGGAAGGGUUCAGGAAGAUCGUCGACGUCAAUACCAUUGGCACGUUCUUGACAGCUCAGGUAGUGGGAAAACAGAUGAUCGAGCGCAAAACGGGUGGCUCUAUCAUUCUGACUGCCUCCAUGGCGGGCCACAUCGUGAACUACCCUCAAGUCCACGUCGCAUACGGCACUUCCAAGGCCGCUGUCCUUCAUAUGGCAAGAUGCCUGGCAGCAGAGUGGGCGAUAUAUGGGAUUCGAGUUAAUUCGCUCUCCCCAGGAUACAUGGAUACGAGGCUGAAUGCCUCCGAGGAUUUGGUGGAUGUACUGCCUACGUGGUACGAAAGAACGCCUAUGGGCCGGAUGGGGGACAAAGAGGAGCUAAUUGGCCCGGUCGUUAUGAUGGCGAGCGCAGCAGGAAGCUUCAUGACUGGUUCUGACAUCAAAGUUGAUGGCGGCUAUACCCUGACUUAGAAUAGUCGAAGGCUCAAAAAGAAAGUAGCCGAACCUCAAUGUAUGGGAGCAAUCCAAUCCUUUCCGCUCAA